AUGUUGGCUCUCUCUUACGGAAAACUUGUCCGUAUCGCCCCGAAUCAUGUCUCCAUCGCCGACGACUCCGCCAUCCAACCUGUCUACGGCCACGGCAAUGGUUUCUUAGAAUCUGACUACUAUGACGCCUUUGUGUUCAUUCAGCGUAGCUUGUUCAACACCCGCAACGGAGCCGAGCACACCCGGAAGCGCAAGACUAUUGCUCACACCCUCUACACUAAGUCCAUCUCCCAGUUCGAGGAGUACAUGACAUCAAACCUGGCUGCAUUCACGAACAGUGGAACAGCUUCUCUGAACGCUCACAUGGAGGGUUCUACAAGCUUAGAUGCCCUGCACUGGUUCAACUACCUUGCAUUCGAUAUCAUCGCCGAUCUAGUUUUCUGGCAACCCUUCCGCAUGGUCGAAAAGGGGAAGAUAUCGCUGAGAUCCGUAAAACACCAGAUUCUCCAGUUACCUACGCCCCAGCUGUCGAAGUCCUCAACCGUCGCGGCGAAAACCUUGCAGAAAUGGCAGUUGCCCGAGUCUCAGCACGCCUCGACUGAUUGUGUCGAUCUCCUUGCCCGCCUGAUGGAGGGUAAAGACGAGACGGGUGCCAAACUCGGCCGUGCAGAAUUAACCGCAGAAGCCCUGACCCAGCUGAUCGCUGGCAGCGACACCACCAGUAAGACUUCCUGUGCACUCCUCUACUGGGUCCUCAAGACACCAGGUGUCCUCGAAAAGCUGCAAGCCGAGCUUGACGCGGCCCUCCCAGUGGGCACUGUCGUGCCACAGUAUAUUCAAGUUCGUGACCUCAAGUAUAUGCAGUGCGUUAUCAACCAGACUCUCCAAAUCCACUUGACGUAG